AUGUUUUCGUCGUCGCAAUCGACGGCGGUGCAGCUGGUGGAUAAGGCGACGAGCGACCUGCUGGCGAGCCCUGAUUGGACGCUCAACAUGCAGCUGUGCGACCUGCUCAACGCUAGCUCCGGGCAAGUGAAGGACGUGGUGAGGGCAGUGAGGAAGCGCAUCGGCAGCAAGAACAGGAAGACGCAGCUCCUCGCACUCACUCUUCUCGAGACGCUGAUAAAGAACUGCACGGCCUAUGUGCACCGCAUAGUGGCAGAGAAAGACGUGCCGGCAGAGAUGGCCAAGAUCGCCCGCAAGAAGUGCGACGAGGAGGUGCGCAUGCGCAUACUGGAGCUGCUGGACGUGUGGCAGGAGGCGUUCGGAGGCGCAGGUGGACGGCCGGUGCAGUUCUUCCUGGCGUAUGAUGAGCUCAAGCGCAUGGGCAUGCCCUUCCCUCCCCGUGACCCCAACCGAGUGGUACCGGUCUUCACCCCGCCCCAGACGCAACCCACAGCCGCGCCCUUCAGCCACGGCCCUCCCCAGAUGUACCCUCCCCAGACGUACCCGCCCCAGACGUACACGACCCGGGGCUAUGAUGGGCGGCCUGUGGUGAUGGGGUACCCUGUGGGGAGACUACUACCAGUGGUGACUGCUAGGGAGAAUGCUGGCUCCACUGGUGGUAGUCAAGUCACUCACUGUGUGAGUAUGGCGGCAGACCUGGUGAAUGCGCGCAGCACAGUGGACCUGCUGGGGGAGAUGCUCGCCACUGUGGACGCCAAUAACCCCGCGGCGGCCAGUGACGAGGUGAUAAGCGAUCUGGUGGAGCAGACUCGCACGCUGCAGCAGCAGCUCACAGCCGUACUCAACACAUCCACCGAUGAGCAGUUUCUCUUCCAGGGCCUGGCGCUGAACGACGACAUGCAGAAGCACCUGGACCGCCACGGCGCCCUGCUCGCCUCCUCGCUGCACCGCGGGGGAGACGGCCGCCACAGCGACAGCAGCAGCGGUGGCGCCUCUCCUCCCCGCCCAGGGGCCUACCAGUCAUAUCCUGGUCAGAACGAGGGUCAAGGCGGGGGUGGGGUGGUGAACCGCGGGCAGCAGUAUGAUGAUUGGGCGGCGGGGGUGACUGCUGGGCUACCCUUGGCUCGGUUUGAGAGCGACCAGACGGAGGAGGAUGGGGAUGGAGGGCUGAGAAGGACUCACGGAGCACAGGCCUCUGCCUCUGCUGCCGCUGCUGCUGCUGCUGCUGCUGCUGCUGCUGCUGCAGGCCCAUCCUCUUCCCAACCAGCACAGACACAGACCCCCUCAGCAAGUCAAGCAGGGCAGCCCGCGCAACAAUCUCUGGCCGCAGCACGAGCUGCCGCUGCCGCCGCAGCAGCAGCACCUGCCACGGCCGUCCCUCCUCCCACCCAGGACCUGCUCAGCCUCGACCUUGUUUCAAUCGCCCCCCCUCCCCAACCCCACCCCCCCACCUUCGCUUCCAAUGCUCCUGCCGCCUCCUCUUCUCCCUUUGACUCGCCUUUUGAUGAGCCGCCGUUCCAAGCCACUGCUGCCUCCGGCCCCUCUGGUGGUGCUGCUGCUCCGUAUGCGUUCAACUCCUCCUUCCAGCGACCACAGUACCAGCAGCAGCCACAGCAAGGGUAUGGCGGCGCAGGGGUGUAUGGCGGCAUGGGAGGAGGCAUGGGAGGAGGCAUGGGAGGAGGUAUGGGCGGUGGGAUGGGCGGGGGUAUGGGAGGGGGCAUGGGUGGUGCGUAUGGGACGGGGACGGUUGUGCCAGGAGGCCCGAAUCAACCCGCUUCAUAUGUUGUGCCCUGGGCUCGUGCUCCUCAAAGUGCCAGCCCCCAGCAACAGCAGAAUAACCAGCAGCAGCAGCAGCAGCAGCAGCAGCAGCAGCAGCAGCAGCAGCAGCAGCAGCAGCAGCAGCAGCAGCAGCAGCAGCAGCAGCAGCAGAGUCCAGGGGGGGCUGCCUUGAGUCCGCAGCAGCAGGCAAUGCUUUUCGGUGGUAACCCGCCCCCCAUGAACCUGUCACAGCAGGGAGGAGCGCCCUCGGGUGGAGGGAUGGGUACGGGCUUGAGCAAUCAUGGAUCGAACCCCACUUACCUCUACCACCAACAGCAGCAGCAGCAGCAGCAGCAGAGGAGGCCCGGGGAAGUCUUGACAGGCCCUGCUCCUGAUUACGUGCAUGGGCAGGUGUUUAGAGGCACAGGGUGA